AUGGCGGCCCUUGACGACGUCAAGAUCGGCGACCUGGUCAAUGUGCCCGGUGGCAUGUACGGCACCAUCAAAUACCUGGGACCUGUGGCCGGCAAGCCGGGCCGGUUUGCAGGCAUCGAAUUAAGCUCUGAACACGCACAGCGAGGAAAGAACAGCGGCGAUGUGGAAGGACGAAAGUACUUUGCGACAUCCACCCCCGGGUCGGGCAUCUUCGUGCCCAUGAACAAUAGCAAAUACGUCUCGCGGCGAUCUACCUCCUCGUCGACGAGUACCUUCGCCAUACCGACCACUCCAGCGCGCCCCCCGCCAGUCAACUUCAGCAAGUCGGUUGGCCCGAGUCCGUCCAUGGCCCGUCCUCGAAUCCGCCGGCCGUCUUUGCCUCGCCCGGAGUCCCCGCGAGCCUCGAUCUCCCCCCCAAAACUUAGCCUCGGUGGCCUGCGCACGCCCUCCGCAAGCUCCAGGAUAUCCGCGGCCAACGGAUACCCGCGAAGUCCGGUCAAGGCGCCUUCUCGACUCUCUGAUCGACCACCGUCGCGGAUCAGCCUAGACGACGACAAUGCUUCGUCAUAUGGCAGACCGUCGGACUUCCAGCGGCCUUCGUCAACUGAGAGCCAGGCCUUGAAGGAUCAGAUCAAGAGUUUGGAAAAGCAACUACUGGAUCGCGAUAAGCAGCUGGACGAGCAAUCGAAGACACUAAGCGAGUUCCAUAGAACAAUGGAGGAACUCGAGGGUGCGGAUUCUCUAAAUAUCCGCACUCAGCUACGGGAGAGGAAUGAGCGGAUCAACCAAUUGACCGCCGAGUUCGACGGCCACCGGGCAGACUUUCGGAGUACCCUGGAUACGCUGGAGAUUGCUGCGUCCGAGACGGAGCGGGUGUAUGAACAACGCCUGGAUGAGCUCCUGCAACAAAUGAAUGAGUUGCAGAACCGCGGUGAAGAUGUCGAGAUUGUUGCACAGCAACUGAAGCAGCUGGAAGAGCUGGCGGGGGAGGCAGAAGCAAGGGCCGAGGUCGAGUUCCUGCGCGGCGAGGUGGAGCGGACCAAGUUGGAACUGAAAAAGGAGCGGGAUCAUUCAGCGGCCGCUCUGAAGGAUGCGCAUGCUGCUGCCGACGGGCCUCGGAACUCGCACGAUUUGGACCAGAAGGACGACGAAAUUCGGGGUUUGAAGGCUAUCAUUCAUUCUCUGAGCCGGGGCAACCCCAACGCGGCCACGCUGGGCGAGAAUGGCUCCGCAGAUGCCCACAAAGAGCAGAGUGAGCAGGUUUCCCGGCUGGAGCAACGGCUGCAAGAAUUUGAGGGAACUGCUCAGACCAAAGACACCCGCAUUGAAGAGUUGGAGCGCGAGUUGCAGGAAUUACGGACGAGCUCGGGCAGUGGAAGUCGCAAUCGCAGCUCUACUGUGACCCUCUUGCCCAACAACCAACAUAAGCCAUCAAAUUCUUCGGGAACCAUCACCGUGAACAACAACACCAACCAUGCUCACCGUCUCUCCGAUCGUACCGUGGUCCCGAAUGAUUGGCAUGACAUGCCGGCCAAUGAGCCUCGCCAGCACCACCGCGGCAUCUCCAACUCCUCCCAACCGCGGCUAGAGCCGACGCCCGAGUCGGAGCGCUCUUCGGAUGACGAUGCCUUGUGGUGUGAGAUCUGCGAGACGGGCGGCCAUGAUAUCUUGAACUGCACCAGCAUGUUCGGCUCUGGUAACCAAAAUAUCAAGGAGAAGGCCCCCGUCGGCGCCCCUGUCAACAAGUCUACUGAAGCACUGGCUGACGACCAUGCGGCCUCAGAUGAGACCGGAUCUUCUGAGAACCAUGCUGACAGCGUUCCUACCCAGAGGACCGGUCGGGACGUUGUCCUUGAGGGUCUGAAGGGCAUCGGAGGCCUGGGAUCAUCCAUGGCCCCUGUCGCCGGCAAGUCGUCCGGCGUCAUCGACGAGUCGAAGUGGUGUGCUCUCUGUGAGCGAGAUGGCCAUGAGAGUAUCGACUGUCCUUUUGAUGAAUAA